GGACAGAAAAAGUGGAUAAGAUUUAUGGUUAGGAACCAGCAAUCCGCUGAGGAUUAUGACUGAAUUCAUUGCCGUUAGAUUAGAUAUCAAUUAAGGAAUCCUCUAGUUCUUAGACAAAAUGAUUUCUGUAAUCAUAUAUGACUUAAAACACGCACUAGUAGUUAAAUAAAAUUAUUGCUAGUCUUUUCUUUGAUAAAAUUGACUGAAAAUAAAACCGGUGUAGUUAAAUUUAUAUGUUACGCAUUUAAAUCACCUAAAAGUGACCGUAUCGUGAAUGAACCUUUUUAUAGAUAUCUCCGUUUAUAGAGCGAGAUUCCACGUGGAGAUGAAUCAUUAAUGAUUCAUUAUGAGCCCAAACCAGACAUUACUUCCAUCUGUCAGGUGAGAAAUAACCGAUAAGGAUAGACAUAACAUAUCGAACGAUGUAUACUAAAAUACAAUACUACCUUUGGCAAAUGAGUAAUUUGAAUCCAUUUUUUUGUGCGUGAAAGUGAGUUUAACAUACAUUUUCAACGCUAUAUGUCCUACGCAAUUAAAUGUAUUAUAAUUAUGUGAUAUACGUACACUUCGUAUAACUGGAUAUUUCAAACAUUUGAUACUACAUUUUGCCUACUUAAUUUAGGUGUUUUGCAGAGGUAUGGUUAAAAGUACUUGAUAAAUGCGCAGUGAAGGGUGGAGACAGAUAUAUAACUUUUAUAUAUUGUGUUCUAUUUCACGUCAUGUGAUUGCGUACACAUAUAAAAUCUGAUGAUGUAAGCUGUUUCUUGUUAAGUGGAAAUUUGACUUAACGUGCUGUCGGGUUCUCGCUCCAGUAAGAAAAGGUUUCCCAGUGAUAUCGGCAGACGAUGCAGGCGUUUAGAUGACUUUCAUUGUCUACGUGAUGCCAGAAAAGGCAUUUUUACUAAUGAGGGCAGUGCGAAUACAAAACCAUGAAUUUCCCGUGCAAGAAAGAAUGGAAGACUUCUUGCCUUUAUGUAGCAGCCUAGAACGCGAACAAUACACUUUACAGCGUCUUAAUUCCGCCGGAGAUACAGACACCAGCAUGGAAGACGUUCAGAACUUAAGUCCAUCUUCGAGCGUUUGGGACCUUGAUUCUAUGGACGACGAAAUGUAUUUGGAAUAUCUUUUUUCGCAAGGGCUAGCGGACUCUAUUGAAAAACCAAGCAGCGUAAAUCCAGUGUUUGUGAAUAGGAAUAACGAAAAAGUGACGUCAUUUUGCGAUAGCUAUUGCAAUAGCUUGCUAGCCGAUUUGCCAAAAGAAACACUGAGUAGUGAUUCCGACUCAGACUCGUGUGACGUUUUUCCACCUGAAAAUAAGGACUUUGUCGUACUAGGCGUUGGUCUUCAAAGUUUAAUGCAUACCUAUGCAGCUAAGGCAACUAAUCAGAAGUCACAAAAUCCACAAGACUUAAUGAUCGACCAGUUUCCCCGUCCCCCGCAGAUUGUUCUGCCUCGUGCUCAAAUCCAUCCGCAAUAUACUAUAAACAACGCUAACUCACUAUUGACACAAACUUCCUUCUUAAACGCUGUGAAAGUCCGAACUAUGAAAACCCAAGUGUCGCGUAGCAACAGCUGCACCAAGCCAGUAGCAGACGACAAAAUUUUUCACUGCACGUACGCCGGAUGUACCAAAGUUUACAGCAAAUCAUCGCACCUGAAGGCUCAUCUACGACGUCAUACUGGCGAGAAGCCGUUCAGCUGUACGUGGCCGGGGUGUGGUUGGCGGUUUUCACGCUCAGACGAACUCGCGAGGCACAAGCGGUCUCAUUCCGGCAUUAAACCAUACCAGUGUAAAAUUUGUGAAAAGAAAUUUUCACGUUCCGACCACUUAUCAAAACAUUUGAAAGUUCAUAGAAAACGCAACGGGUCGUAGGAAAUAUGAAAUCUUAAAGAAACAUUUAAUAAAUUAAAAUUCAUAACUUCAUUAACAAUACUGAAAACAGCUAAUCAUUCUUGAAAUGGAAUAGUGCUACCGUUAUCCUUUAUAGUUGGUUGAAUUUUUCAUUUUUUUUCUGAUGCUUGGAUGGAUCUUAUUUGGAAAGGUUUACAUCAACUUGCAUAAGGACUACCGCUAUCCAUUAUAAAAGAUAAGCAUUUAAUGUUAUGACAUAGUGACUUUGUUCGAUAUUUUUCGGGUAUGUGUGUGUAAGGGGGUGGGGGGGGGGGGGGGGGGUUAAGGAAGGUGGAGUGUGUUCAGCGCUUCAUCGAUACACAGAGGGAUGAGCGCGAAACUAUUGUAACUGUAUUAAAUAAAAGAAAAAGAUACAAUAGUUUCGCACUCAAACCUCGAAAUGCAUUUGUAGAUGAGCCUCGUCGUUCUUUGUAUACUGUUUAACUUGCAGAUGUUUACAAAGAUAAUGCACAACGCAUAUGUUUAAAAUUCGAGUGAAUAAUUUCGUCUAAUUAAAGUUGUAAAAUGCCCAUGUCUGUACGCUCCCUUGAAUUUUAAUAUCUUAUCUUGAGAUAAGUUCCUUUUAACUAUAUAAGGAUAUGUGUAUUACUUAAUCAAAAUUGACUCUCCUUAUAACUUCUUUUAAUUAUUCUUUUUUUUUGUUUAAGCUAACUCUAUGUUUCUGUUAAAUUGAGGAGCUAUCGUACAGCAUCUAAAUCUUGUACCGGUCAAAUCAACACCCUGAUUAAAUUAAAUGAGCCGUGCCAUGAGAAAACCAACAUAGUGGCUUUGCGACCAGCAUGGAUCCAGACCAGCCUGCGCAUCCGCGCAGUCUGGUCAGGAUCCAUGCUGUUCGCGAACAGUUUCUCCAAUUCCAAUAGGCUUUAAAAGCGAACAGCAUGGAGCCUGACCAGACUGCGCGGAUGCGCAGGCUGGUCUGGAUCCAUGCUGGUCGCAAACCCACUAUGUUGAUUUUCUCAUGGCACGGCUCAAAUAGUUACUGUGUCAGUAAAUUCGGUUAUAGCCGGACUUAUCUUCAAGCCUGGCCAUUCCAGCGAGGUCAGUGAUUUUGUAAGCACUCUAGUUUUUCAGGUUUCAGAUAUCACAACAUAAUUAAGGACAGCAGCACAAUAUCUACUAAAUUUGUGCCAGCAUGUAAUCAAGGACGAGAGACAAGUUCACUUAAAGUGACUGCUGACAGAGAGCUUUGAUUAAGUAUAGUUGAGUGCCUCUUUCCGUUUCCUUUUAAAUUUAGCUUCUAUUACUAUUAAUUUUGUUUUGUUUUUCUUGAGACAUUUUUGCACAAACGUAUUGUUUCCUUGGCAUCUGUAUGAGAGUUGAUAAAUACUGUGCAACUUCUGUUAACAGACCCUUUGAAGCGGUGAUACCACCUUUUUCAGACAAGAUUCGGUUCUUAUAAUUAAUUCCCAGCCACCAUUAUAUAUCGGGCCUAAAACGAACCGAUAUGGUACUCAAUUUCGACCCAAUAUCAGUUUUGCAAAGUUGACGUAAAUGUGGUCCGAUAUUGUUUCCAACAGAUAGCGGUUAUGUGUUGAUGCCUGAUAUCGGUUAAAUAUCGCAUCUAUAUCAUAAACAGAUAUCGGUUUGCCGAUAUUGGUCCGGUAUAUCAAUGUCUGGGUAGUAGCUUUGCCUAAAUAAUACGGUAGUGAUCUCUGUAAAAUAUAUAAAUUGCGGUCCCCCCAGACUCACUGCACAGCUGUGGUUAAACGGUAUAAUUUAUAUGUUUAAAAAGUUUUAAAGUGUUUGACACAAACAUUCCAUAAAAACUACGCUGCCACCUAUUACAGUUAUGCAUAUGUGUGUUAAGAAAUACUCAUAUUUUUUAAAAAUGCUGGUCAUUAAUUUGUUAUGAAAAAAUAUUUGUAUUUAAUUUUAACAAUCAGUUUCUUACAAUAUGUUAAAGGUGUUUGAAGCAUUUUUAGAGAUAAGUAUAUGUAUUCUGUUGUGAACAUUUCUUCCGUGACAGUAUAGAUUAUGUAUAUGACAUUUAUUGAAGUUGACAUGUAGAAAUAAAGAGCAUUUCUACCGUAA